CACGACUUCUUCAACUACUCGGGCCUCCAUCGGUCUGUGCAACUGUGCUGCAUUCCCAAGAACCACAUCACCGAUGUCCGUGUCGUCACCGACGUCAUUAAUUCAGGCAACACGGGCAUGGUCGAAUAUCAAGUCACGACCACCCAGUUAUCCAGUAGCAACAACAAGGUCAAAGUCGCGCUCGUUGAUGAGGCGGGGGUAACCGUGGCCGAGGCAGAGGGAGCUCAAGGCACGUUGACCAUCGACUCCGUGCAGCUCUGGCAGCCCGGCGCUGCAUAUCUCUACCAGCUCCAUGUCCGGCUCUUCUCCUCCACCGAUUCGAUCGCCGCGGAUGAGUAUAAGGUUAAUGUCGGCAUCAGGACCGUCAAGGUGGUGGGCAGACAGAUCCACAUCAACGAGAAGCCAUUCUACUUUACGGGUUUCGGCAAACACGAGGACUACCCAGUGCGUGGCAAGGGCCACGACGCUGCCUUCAUGGUCCACGACUAUCAGCUCCUCAAAUGGAUGGGCGCCAACUCGUUCCGGACCUCCCACUACCCCUACGAUGAAGCGUGGCUCGACUAUGCAGACAGACAUGGCGUUGUUGUCAUCAACGAGACCCCUGCUGUCGGCAUGAAUCUGGCCAUCAUGGCCGGCUGGCAUGGCAAAGCACACAAGCCGACCUUUUCCCCAGACACCUGCAGCGAUGUGACACGCAAGAAUCACGAGCACGCCCUGAGGGAGCUGAUCCAACGUGACAAGAACCACCCCUGUGUUGUCAUGUGGGUGAUUGCCAACGAGCCCUCGUCACACGAGGAAACGUCUCGGCAAUACUUUGAGCCCUUGACGGUACUCGCCCGGAAACUCGAUCCCACCAGGCCCAUCGGAUAUGCAAAUGAGAAACAGGCCGGGCCCAAGGAGGACAAGAUUAUAGACUUGUUUGACGUCAUCUGCCUGAAUCGUUACUAUGGCUGGUACAUCUUUACAGGUGAUCUCGCGGGAGCUGAAAAGGGCCUCGAAGCAGAGCUGCGCGAGUGGGAGGCCAUGUAUGGCAAGCCCAUCAUUAUGACAGAGUACGGAGCCGACACCUUGGCCGGACUCCACACGGUCGGCGAUGUGCCCUGGACUGAAGACUACCAGGUCGCGCUGCUGGAGAUGACACAUCGGGUGUUUGACAGGAUUGAGAGCGUGGUCGGCGAGCACGUCUGGAACUUUGCCGAUUUUCAGACUCCGACAGACUUCAUCCUACGGAUAGACGGCAACAAAAAAGGCGUCUUCACAAGGGACCGCAAGCCUAAAGCUGCUGCACGAACGCUUAGAAAGAGGUGGCUGGACCUUCAGAAUAGAGCAUCAAGCUAGAGUGGAGCUUUUUUCUUGCUCGGGAUCUCCG